UGGGAUUGUACUGUUGGAUGCCAAAUGUCAGUGAAAAUCAGAAGAGCCCAUGUGUAGGGAGAAUGCAGAUAACUCUGUAAUAGUUAGAGACUUCAGCUUCCCUAACAUUGACUGGGUCAGACAUAGUGCCGACGGUUCGGACAGGGUAGAAUUGGUGAAGUGUGUCUGCAAUGGUUUCACGAGCAACGUGUAGAUGCCCGACUAGAGAAGGGUCUUGGUCUGAAACAUCAGCUGUACAUUUUUCGAUAGCUGCUGCCUGGCCUGGGGAGUUCCGUCAGCAUUUUGUGUGUUAACUGGAUAAAACAUUUGCUUGUGGUAGGAGGCAGAGGGUGGUCGUGGGGGAAUUGCUUUGCAGAUUGGUUCACGGGGUCAAAGGUACAUUUAAUGUCAGAGAAAUGUUUACAAUUCACAUCCUGAAAUGCUUUUUAUUUGCAAACAACCACAAAAACAGGAGUGUCCCAAGAAUGAAUGACAGUUAAAUGUCAGAACCCCAAAGUCCCCCAACUCCCUCCCUCCCUCACGUAAACGGCAGCGAGAAACAAUCCCCCCUCCCCCCACCGGGAAAAAAAGCACACCCACUACUCUCACUUAAACAUGAGCAAGGCAAUAGCAAACACACAGACCAGCAGUUACCCCCAGAGACUAUAAUGCUCACCCAGUAAUUCAACAUUCUGCAGGCUCUCCCUCCCUAAUAAGGGAGAAAGAGGAGACUCCAUUUUCCAGCGAGUGGGAGAGACAUAACGUGGAGGCCUGUGAUUAGUGGUGUGUGAUGGGGAUCGAUGCUGGGUCUCUAUUAUUUGUCACUGACAUUAACGAUUUACGUGAGAGGUCGGUGCCGUGGUCGGUAAUGUUAGGGAUGUGAGGUGAGAGCAGAAAAAUAUAAGAAAAGCUGAAAGGAAACAAUUUCCACACAAAAGAUUUAAAAAAAAACAGUACAAGUGGAGGUGGAAUGGAAUAGAACUCCUGCUCAAAUCAUUUUCAUCUAAUUAUCAAAUCACUAAUCACAUAAACCUGUUUCUUAUGUGUUCUGAUAUAUAGAGAACUAAUGAUUUGGAUGGUAAUGUGGGUGAGCUGAACAGUAAACUGGCAGAUGACACCAUCAUUGGAGGUGUGGUGGACAGGGAAGAUGGUAACAACAGAAUGUAGAUCUACGUUUAGAUCAACUGGGAAAGUGGACAAGGAACGGCAGAAGGAAUUCAACUCAGACAAGUGUGGGAAGUUAAUCCAGUGAAUGACAGGGCCCUGGGGAGUGUUGAGGAACGGAGAUACCGAUAGAAACAAGUAUUUCAUUGCCUGAAUGAAGAUGCACAUUGGUGCUAGAAAGUUUGUGAACCCUGUAGAAUUGUCUCCAUUUGACCUAAAAUGUGAUCAUAUCUUCAUGCGUCCUAAAAUUAGAUAAAGAGAGCCCAAUUAAAUCAAUAACUCGAAAAACCAUUAUACUUGUUCAUUUAUUUAUUGAAAAGAAAGAUCCAAUAUUACAUGCCAUUGGAGCCGGGUUGGUCAUAGUGAAGUGAGGAAGCCUCUUCAUAUGAACGGCAGUGGAAAUCAGACCUUCACUGAAAAACCGAAUGCUUUCCACCCUGUGAUGUAUAAUGUCCAGUCUUGUGUUUUUCCUUCAGCCACACACUGCUGUCUCCUCACAGCACAAUAUUCUCCCCACAUCCACGGUUUCAUGGCAUGAACUCAGUUAACCUUGCUUUAAAUGUUUACUCAGCAACUGUGGAGGGAAAUGGAACAUCGACAUUUCGGGUUAACAGCCGCUCAGUUCCUCCAGCAUCUCGAUUCUUGCUCGAGAUUCCAGCAUCUGCAGUCUCCAGUGUCUCUAUUUUCAGAACUCGUCCCUUUCAGUCCUGCCUCAGACUGAGCCAGGCUCUUCUCUCGGGCUUCAGUCAUGUUCUGCCUCUUAUGCCAAUCACACCCUCUGCACUGCCAACAGCAGCUCACCAGAGGCCUCUGACCUGGGCCGAACACCGAUCGCUCGUCUGGCUUCUCCUUACACGUGACGAUCCAAUCAUCUUCCAGGCGAAGGUCCUGCCUAUCCCGGGGGUGAGCAUGUGGAGAUUCAGUUGAUGCAUCUGUCACACUGGGGUUUUGCAGGACGGGGGUAACCCAUGCCCAACACUCUUCUUUUCGCAGCCGGGCAUGGGGCCGCCCAUGGCUGAGGCUUCAGUUAUGUUCCCACCUGUUUAAUGUUGUGGAAAUGGCCCUUUGAACACUCGGAGGAUCAGAAAGUUCAUUCCCGAGGCUGCGGCGCCCCUAGUGGACACCCCCGGUACUGCAGGGUUCAGCAGCUCCUGAAGGUGAAAGGAUCCUGAACCCGGAAGUACCGGGAGUUAACAUGGCUUCGAAAGGACAGGUCGAGAGUUUAACCGAGGAGGUAAUUUGUCCCAUCUGCCUGGAUUUCUUCACCGAUCCGGUGUCACUGGCGUGUGGACACAACUUCUGCCGCUCCUGUAUCACACGGUGUUGGGAAAGGGAGGAGAGAAACUCCUGCCCGGAAUGUAGAGAGGAGUUUGCGGACCGCACCCUCAGGGCCAGUCGGGCCUUAGCAAAUCUGUCUGAGAAAGCUAGAAAAUUAAACCUGAAUCCGAAGGAGAAGGAAAAUAAACUUUUCUGCGAGGAACACGAGGAAGAACUGAAGCUGUUUUGUGAAAACGACAAGAAACUGCUCUGUGUGAUCUGUAGAGAUACGCGGGAACACAGGGAGCACCGCUUCCUGCCGAUUAAAGAAGCCGUUGAGGUAUAUAGGGAACGGGUUAAAACUGCGUUAGACUCUCUCACGGAAAAGAAAUGCGAGCUGGAGGAAAUGGAGCGGCAACAGAAAGAGAAGAUUUCCGGAGUUCGGGAACAGUCACACAGUGUUGAGUCCCACAUCACAUCCCAGUUUGCUGAACUGCGCCGGAUUAUCACCGAGAAAGAGCAGCAUGCACUCCGAGAUCUCAGGGAAGAAGAGGAGAGGAUUCUAAAUCCAAUGGAGAAAAAUCUUCGAGAGAUUCAAGAGAAUUUAAAUUCCAUCUACGAGGAAAUCUCAAAGUUACAGGAACAGAUGGAGCAACAAGAAAAUGUGAUGUUUCUCAUGGAGGAAGCUCGUCGAAAGAGGGGGACUAGUGACGAUGUCCGGGAAUUGUCAGUGACAGAUGGAGCCCUGCCAGAUGAAAGAUUCUAUCACCCUUAUUUGCUGAACACAGCAUUGAGAGAAACACUUGAUGCCAUUAAUCAAGUCUCUGUCACCCUGGAUGUGGAAACGGCGCAUCCGCGGCUCGAGGUGUCUGAGGAUCGGAAGAGUGUGAGACGGACCGGGACCCGGAGGGAUCUCCCUGACACCGGGAAGAGGUUCACAGACCGGCCUUGUGUACUGGGAUCGGAGGGAUUCACAUCGGGGAGACAUUACUGGGAGGUGGAGGUGACGGGGAAUCGGCUCUGGGGUCUGGGAGUCGCCGCAGAAUCUGUGGAGAUGAAGGAACGGGUCACACUGAGUCCGGAGACCGGAUUCUGGAUCAUCAGGCGGCGUGAUGACGCGAUGAAGGUUCUCACCUCCCCCGUGUCCCGUCUCCCGGCCGGUCCCUUCCCCGGGAGGGUCGGAGUUUAUCUCAGUUACGAGUCCGGGACAGUUUCAUUUUACAACGCGGAGACCAAGUCCCAUCUCCACACCUUCACUGGGAAUAAAUUCACGGAGAAACUUUAUCCUUUCUUCGGGAUUGGAUAUGAAAACGAGUGGCUGAGAAUCUGCUCCGGUUCCGCUCCGGGUCUGUAAACGGGUCGGGUUCCGGGACCGGCGUCAGGACUAAGUCAGUGUAAAUAUAAAUGUGCGGAGAGUGAAAUAAACACGAUG